AAGAAAAAUGAAAAUUAUACAACUAUUAAUAACACAAACAGGGUAUCAAAUACCAAUAAAUAUUUGUCCUCCAACUGUAAGCUAGCAACGCUCCCGUUUCUCCCUCCCGCCAAAAUUAAACCCUAACCCUAAUCAGAAAUGCCUCCAAAACCCAAACCUACCACCAGGGAUUCAUCAUUUUCAAUCUUUAAGCCAGGCACAUUGGUCGAAGUCUCCUCAAACGACGUCGGAUUUCGUGGGUCAUGGUACACUGGUACAGUCAUUCGUCGUGCAUCAAAAAAGGAUCCCGCUAAGUACUUGAUCGAAUACACCCAUUUGUUCUCAGACGAGGCAGGAACCAAACCCUUAAGGGAAAUUAUCGACUUGGGGCAGCUUCGGCCCGUGGCUCCGAGAGAGAAGAAGAGAGAGUUUAAGUUUAGUGAAGAAGUAGAUGCAUUUUAUAAUGAUGGGUGGUGGGAAGGAGCUAUCACUGGUGCUAGUGAUGGUAAAUUUAAAGUGUAUUUUCGGAGUUCCAAGGAGCAGAUUGAGUUUUCUAAGGAGGACUUGAGGCUGCAUAGAGAAUGGCUUGGUGGCGAUAAGUGGAAGCCGCCCUUGGAGGAGGAAGAAGAAGAAGAAGAAGAAGAGAAUGGGAAGGUGUCAACAGAAGGAAAAACAAUGGAGAAUGACAAAGCUGUGACUGAACUGAAAUUUGAAAAGGGGGCAUCAGUUGAGGUCAGCAGUGAUGAAGAUGGUUUUGAUGGUGCUUGGUUUGCUGCAACUGUUAUCGAACCAGUUGGGAAGGACAAGUAUCUUGUUGAGUACCAGAGCUUGAGAACAGAAGAUGAUACAGAGUUUUUGAAGGAAGAGAUUGAUAUUCUGCACAUAAGACCUUCUCCGCCAGAUACUGUGGUGGUCGAUAGCUUUGAUAGGCUUGAUGAGGUCGAUGCUUUGUAUAAUGAUGGUUGGUGGAUAGGUGUAAUUUCCAAGGUUCUUAGCAACUCAAGGUACAAAGUAUACUUUAAGAACACACUUGAGGAAAUGCAGUUUGAGCACUCUGAAUUAAGGCUGCAUCAGGAAUGGAUAGAUGGAAAAUGGAUUGUAACUCGCCAGGGUUUGACGUGUGAUCGCUGAAGAGAGAAAGAGAGAGACAUUAACAUUCAAUCUCUGGGCCUUGGCUAUGGUGAAUGUUCCCUGCACUGUUGCCUCACAAAGUUGCACAUUAGUGGCUGCCUUAACAUGUCAAUUUUAGGCAUCAAAUCUCAAUUUUCUUUUAUAGCCUUCUUUUAAUUCAUUAGAGAUGUCAAUGUAAAUUCUACUGGUGUCCUGGAGCUUCAUAGCAUCUGUAAUAUGAAUGGACUGUUUCGACCUUACCUUCUGCAAAUGAGAAUUGCUUUGUGGCAGGGAUGUCAGUCUCACCAAAA